UUUUCAAUGGACUCUCAAGAUCCACGCUUCACUACGCCACCGCCUUAUUACAGUAACCUUUAUGACGCAGAGACUCCACUGUCUGCGCAGCCACGCUCUCCUCUUGAGAUCCCUGAGUCUCAGCAAACUACGCAGUCGUGGGACUCCCGCAAUGGCCCUAGGCCUCAAAUCAACGAAUCACAGCAGACUACGCAGUCCUGGGAUUCACGUGACCUUCUCCCAGACUCUCAACUACUCCCAGACUCUCUUCUUAAUGAGUCUAUACCAUCUCCUCCUCUCUUUGUCCCAGACUCUCAAGCAGAGUCCUCUCAACCUCAACGCUCGCGCUCGCGCUCGCAGUAUAAUCCCUCGUACAUAGAGUAUACACGUGAUAAGCGUCUCCAGAUCCAAAUAGCCCUCCUUUUUAAGAUACCACGGGCCCAAAUUAAGGAGACACUAGACGUUACAGACAGCCAAAUCUACUAUGCAAAGAACCACCGCCUUACUCCUCAAAAGAGUAAGACAGGGAGGUAUGCAAAGCUCCAUACUCCUGAAAAGACGACGCUUAAGGAGUGGCUCCUUUCCUCUCCUUCUCACCGUCACGUGGCAUAUCACAAGAUCCCUCACUUCCUUCCACAGCUCUACGCUAAGGAGCAAGCUAUUCGUAUAGCUAUUCAGGAUAUUGGUUACUGCCGCCGUGUUUCACGGAAGAAGGGGUUCUCAGACGACCCUGCUGUGUGCCAGGAGAGGCUAGACUUAGCAGAGGAGGGAAGCAUAUGGCCACGAUCACGUGUACAGAGGAUCUGCUUCACAGACGAAGUGUGGGCAUUUGGUGGAGCUCAUACGAACUCGUAUAUUACUUGCUUACAAGAUGGAAGCGAUCGUCUCCUUCCAGAGUGUGUGAGACACAAGUAUUCUAAGCUCCCUGCGUGGAUGUUCUGGGGGAGUAUAGUUGAUGGGAAGAAAGGCCCUUGCUUAUUUUGGGAGAAGAGCUGGGGAACGAUUAACUCUGAACGAUACGAUCGCAGGAUCCUCUCGAGAAUCGAAUAGUUCUUCCGAGACCACCCACUUGAGGGGUAUAGGUUCUGGCAAGAUAAUGCUUCCUCUCACCGAUUAUAUGAGACAAAGUUGAACCUACUCCUUCGUCAUAUUCCAACGAUCAAAGCACCUCCGUACUCCCCAGACUUGAACCUUAUUGAGCACGUAUGGAAUUGGAUAAAGAAUUGGAUGGAGGAGCACUACUGGGAAGCGCGUUACGAUCCAGCUAAGAUCCACUUUGAUCAACUCCGGAGGAUUGUACAAGAUGCGUGGGACGCUGUGCCAGAUGAGUACGUUCAAGGCCUUUAUAAUAGCUGGUGGAGACGCUGUGAGGCUGUGAAGGAAGCUCACGGCGGGCCUACAAAGUACUGAGCUGUAAAGUAGAGAAGAAAGUGGGAAUAGCUUCAAAUUGAAUAGGAAAGCGGUGAAGACUUAAUUGCG